AGCUGACACUGAGACAUCAUAAAGGCAUCACACCCCCCCCACUCUGCAUUGCAGCAUUCAGUCUAAUUCAACCAACACCGAGACACAAACUGCGGAGUCAUGCUGCUUCUAACUCUACUCUUCGUGUCCGCAGCUGUAGCAACCCCUCUGCUCGGCACUGAGCAGUGCGCUCGUGGCCCACCCUACUGGUGUCAGAAUGUAAAGACGGCGUCUCUGUGUGGAGCUGUGACUCACUGCCAGCAGAACGUGUGGAACAAGCCCCAGAUGAAAACCGUGCCAUGUGACUUGUGUAAAGAGGUGUUGAUGGUGGUAGAGCAGAUCCUGAAGGACAAUGCCACUGAGGCUGAGGUUCUUGGGUACCUGGAGAAGGCCUGCCAGCUCAUCCCGGAUCAAGGUUUGACCGCAGAGUGCAAGGAGAUGGUAGAUAGCUACUACCCCAUCCUCAUGGGAAUCAUUACUGGAGAACUGGAGGAUCCCGCUGUGGUGUGCGGAGCCAUGGGGCUGUGUCAGUCUCAGCAGGCAGCCCUGGCUAAGGCUCAUACCCAGGACCAGCUCACGUCCAAUGAAAUCCCUCAGAUUGACCUUUCCCAGCGAGUGGCUCCCUUCCUCCUCAAUGUGCCCGGGCUCCUCUAUCCUCAGGAGAACGCCAAGCAGGAGGCCCCCAAACAAGAGACUCCAAAACAGGAAGGUGAUGCUGUGUGCCAAGACUGCAUCAAGUUCCUUACUGACGCUCAAGCAGAAGCCAAGGAGAACACCUCAUUUGUCGACUCUCUCAUUGCAAACAUUGAGAACCAGUGUGACCUGUUGGGGCCAAGCUUGUCUGCAAUGUGCAAGGAGUAUGUGGGCCAGUAUGGCGUGCUUGUUGUUGAGCAGCUCAUGUCCAUGGAACAGCAACCCAAGGAUAUCUGCGUCCAUGCUGGCUUCUGUACUGCUAUGAAGAAGUCCGUUCCAAUGCUGAAGCUGCAGCCUGCCAAGACCGUUCCUGCUGCCAAGUCUGUACCCGCUCUCAAGCUUUUCCCUGCCACUAAGGUGGAGUCUGCCACUGACAAGUCUGCUAAGCCAAUGGUGCGUGUGCGUGAUUCCCCAACCUGUGCCAUCUGUGAGUUUGUGAUGAAACAGUUGGAGUCUAUGUUGGAGGAUCAGACUACAGAGGAGGAGGUGAUUCAAGCUGUGGAGAAAGUGUGCACAUUUCUGCCCCAGUCUCUGAGUGGCCAGUGCAAGGACCUGAUUGAGACCUACGGCCAGGCCAUCAUUGAGCUGCUGGUGCAGCAGGCUGACCCCAAGACCGUCUGCACAGUGUUGGCACUCUGCAAUGGUGCCAGCCGCACAUAUGUCCCUGUCCUCGACCAGACUCGCUUUAAGGACGGUGGCUAUUGCAAGGUGUGCAAGAUGGCCGUGACUUACAUUGAUGCGCUUCUGGAGAAGAAUGCUACAGAGGCACAGAUUGAGGAGGCUGUGAGGAAAGUGUGCAGCUUCCUGCCAGAUUCUUUCCAGACAGAGUGUGACCAGAUGAUUGAACAGUACGAGCCAGUGCUUGUCCAGCUGCUGCUCCAGAUGCUGGACCCAGACUUUGUGUGCAUGAAAGUGGGAGCCUGCCCUGAAGCUAACCGCAGGCUUCUGGGAACAGAGCAGUGCAGCUGGGGACCUGCAUUCUGGUGCAAGAACAUGGAGACAGCAGCUCGGUGCAAUGCUGUGGCUCACUGCCAACGCCAUGUGUGGGUAUAGAGGAAGAGGAACAAACCAGCACAAACUGACCUGUAGGGAAUU